AUGCCAGCCAUUGGGAUUGAUUUGGGUACAACUUACUCCUGCGUAGGAGUAUGGCAACAUGGUAACGUCGAUAUCAUAGCAAAUGAUCAAGGUAACAGAACAACACCCUCCUACGUUGCAUUUAAUGAUACUGAGCGGCUGAUUGGUGAUGCAGCUAAAAACCAAGUUGCACUAAAUCCUAGUAAUACUAUUUUUGAUGCUAAACGCCUAAUAGGCCGUAAAUUUGAAGAUCCGAAAAUCCAGCAAGAUAUCAAACACUGGCCUUUUAAAGUAAUUAAUGACGGCGGUAAACCUAAACUUCAAGUCCAUUAUAAAGGGAGGGCUAAAAAUUUUGCACCUGAAGAAAUAAGUAGCAUGAUCUUAACGAAGAUGAAGGAAAUCGCAGAAGCUUAUCUCGGAACUAGAGUACAAAGUGCAGUAAUAACUGUUCCCGCAUAUUUUAACGAUUCUCAAAGACAAGCUACAAAGGAUGCCGGUACUAUUGCUGGUCUCAAUGUUCUUCGUAUUAUUAAUGAACCAACUGCUGCUGCUUUAGCCUACGGUUUGGAUAAAAAUUUAAAAGGCGAAAGAAAUGUUCUUAUAUUCGAUCUAGGGGGAGGAACCUUUGAUGUUUCUAUUCUUACCAUCGAUGAAGGCUCUCUGUUUGAAGUCAAAGCUACUGCCGGCGAUACUCAUUUGGGCGGCGAAGAUUUCGAUAACAGACUUGUUAAUUUCCUGACAGACGAAUUUAAACGGAAGCAUAAAAAGGAUUUGCGCGGGAAUCCGAAGGCUUUGCGACGUUUAAGAACUGCGGCUGAGAGGGCGAAGCGCACGCUAUCUUCGAGCACAGAGGGUAGUAUUGAAAUAGAUGCACUGUACGAAGGUAUUGACUUCUUUUCGAAAAUAUCCAGAGCACGUUUUGAAGAGCUCAAUGCUGAUUUGUUUCGUGUCACUUUAGAACCGGUAGAAAAGGCACUCAAAGAUGCAAAAUUGGAUAAGAAUUCCAUAAACGACAUAGUUUUGGUAGGAGGUUCUACUAGAAUUCCUAAAAUUCAAAAUUUGCUUCAAAACCUUUUUAAUGGAAAGAAGCUUAAUAUGUCUAUUAAUCCCGAUGAAGCUGUUGCUUAUGGAGCAGCAGUUCAAGCUGCGAUCUUGAGUGGCGAGAAGCAUUCUAAGAUAAAUGUAGUUUUACUAGUGGAUGUCACUCCAUUAUCAAUGGGUAUAGAGACAGCUGGUGGCGUUAUGACUAAAAUUGUAGACCGGAAUGCGAAAAUACCGUGCAAACAUUCUCAGAUAUUUACAACGUACUCUGACAACCAGCCAGCCGUCACUAUUCAAGUUUACGAAGGCGAAAGAUCUUUUACAAAAGACAAUAACUUGCUAGGAACAUUUGAUUUAACCGGUAUUCCACCAGCACCUCGUGGAGUUCCACAAAUUGAUGUUUCUUUUGACAUUGACGCUAAUGGAAUAUUAAACGUAACCGCUUUUGAAAAUAGUACAGGAAAGAGUAAGAAUAUUGUUAUCAAGAAUGAUAAAGGUAGGUUAUCUCAAGCGGAUAUAGAUCGCAUGUUGGCUGAUGCUAAGAGGUAUAAAGAUGAGGACAGUCGUCAAAGAAAAAGAGUUGCUGCUAAACACAAGUUAGAGGGCUACCUGUUUAGUGUGAAGCAAGCACUUGAUGAAGCUGGAAGUAAGUUUGGAGCAUCAGAAUGCGCGAAAGGUCGAAAAGUCUGUGUCGAUGCUUUGUCUUGGCUCGAAAAGAACUCUUUGGCCGAAAAAGAUGAGUAUGAAGAUAAAUACAAGGAAGUAACAUGGGCGUGUGGACCUAUAAUGAAAAAACUUCAUGGCUUUGGAAGAGGCAAAGACGGUCCUGUUAUUGAGGAAGUUGAUUAG